AUGCCCUCCAACAAGAAGCAGGCAAGCAAGUCUGGGGCUAAAGCCCGCAGCAGCAAAGACACAACUUACCAAGUGCGAGACAUUCGGGGCUACCGAAUCGACAAUAAGGUGGUGCGCGAGCAGCACACGCAGCAGAGCAGCAGCAGCAGCAGCAACAGCAGCAGCAGAAGCAGCAACAGCAGCAGCAAGUGCUGUACAAUGCGUCGGCAGCUGCCAGAUGGCCGCCCGGGCUGCUGGGGCGUCUCUGUCGCUUGGAUUUGUUGCUGCUCGCACUGCAAACCACAGCAGAAGCAGCAGCAACAGCAACGGCAGCAGCAGCUACAGCAGCAGCAGUUGAGCGUGUGCAUGCGCCUUCAGGAGAAGUUUUUUGUCUUAUGGCUCGACUAUGCUGACGAUGAGAGCACGUGGGAGCCUUGGAGUUCCCUGUCGGAUCUUGGGGGAGACCUCCGCAGGAAGAUGGACCUCCUGAGGGACAGAUACAAUGAGUCUGUGAGGCGGCUCGUGUCUCUGCGGGAAAGUCUGGCCUUAGCCAGAGACGAGGCCUUGCGUGCUGCUCGUCGGCUUGCGGACCUAGCGGUGUCACCCCACAGCAGCAGCAGCUGCUGCUGCAGCAGCAGCAGCAGCAGCAGCGGGCUUUUGUCACUGCAGGUCGCUUCUCCGACUGCCAGCGCAUGCCCGAGCGAGUCAGCGGGAGAGGCCCCGUCGUCCCCGGGAGAUGCUGCUGCUGUUGCUGCUGGCGCUUCGCAGCGGCAGCAGCAGGAGGCGGCGGCUGCAGCGAGCGCGCCAACAGCAGCAGCAGCAGCAGAACGGCAAGAGCUGCUGCAGCGCGCAGGCCUGAGCCGCAUCGCCACGCGCAACUUGCGCUGCUUCGUUUUAAAUCUGAAAAGAACAGCAGCAGAUCAUCGGGCCUUUUUUGAGUCCCCGGAGGAGACGCUGGGGCUGCCGCAGCGGCCGCAGCAGAAGCGCAGCAGCAGCAGCAGCAGCAGCAGCAGCGGGCUCCCCACAGACACCGCCGAAGACCGCAGCAAUUGCCUCCUCAUCCCCACACAGCCCUGGGAAGCCUUUCCAGCCUUUACAGAUUGGGGGACCGAUCCCGAGGGCCAGCUGCUGCUGCAGCUGGCUUACCUGCGAGUUGAGUGGCCGCCAGUGCCUUUCACUGCUGCUCUGGUUCGCCGCUGUUUGACUCCGGAAGUCAAAUUUGGAAUGAGCAGAAGGCUGUUGGAGACUUUGGCGGAGUGGCAGCUGAGUCGGCUCAUCGGGUACGACUGCGUCCUGAUGCCCCACGAAGAAUUCAUGUCCCGCUUCGACAUGGGCAAACGGCUGCUGCAGCAGUGGCAGUGGACAAAGCGGAGGCUUCUUGCUGCUGGCCUGCUGCUGCAGCUCAGAGACCCCGCCAAAGAUAUUGUCUUCAUUGCCCUCAGAGCCACCAGAGAACAGCUGGAGGACUUUCUGGCGGAAAUGAACAGGCUGCGCGUCUCCAGCAAGCUCAAGAAAGCAGCAACGGCAGCAGCAGCAGCAGCAAAGACUGCAGCAAACGGAGCUGAAAAGGCUGGGGAGGCGGACGCAGCACACAGUGACCUCUCCAAGCAGCAGGGCCAAAAGCAGAACGAGCAGCAGCAGCAGCAGCAGCAGCAGGGAGCGGAUGAAGGGUCAGAGGACUCUUUGAAAGUACUUGAAGUUAGGUCGGGGGCGCUCAGCCCUGCCCUCGAGGCGAGCGCAGCCAGCCGCCGAAGCAAUAGCCCUCAGCCGGGCCGGCAGCAGCAGCAGAAGCAGCAGCAGCAGCAGCAGGAUGGAGAUGAUGUCUUGGUGGUUGGGGAGGAGGUUGCUGCCUCUCGGCGGAAGCGUCAGCGCAGUGCCUCGGGCACGGCCUCGCCUGCCGGAACUUCCACCACUUCGACAGCAGCAGCGGCAGCAGCAGCAGCAGCAGCAGCAGCAGCAGCGGAACAGGCGGAGGUGGUGCUGGGGGACGACGAGUCGGAGGAUGUCGAAAUAUUGUCCGACCCAGAGGGAAGCCCUGCAGCAGCAGCAGCUGCUGCUGCUGCUGUUGAGGUUUUUGUGGCUCAUGUUUGGCUGCGCGCGGAGGAAGCAGCAGUGACGCAUGCACUUGAGGUGAUUCGGCACGCGGAGGAAACUGCUGCAGCAUUUGCUGCCAGCGCGCAGAACCAAGCUGCUGCGCCCCACACGCAGCAGCAGCAGCAGCAAGACCCGGACUUCCGGGAGUAG